UAAAUCAAACAACGCAUACAAAAUACAAAUUUACAACUUACAAAUUACAAAUUUACAAAAUAACAAAUUUUCAAACAAGUCGCAAGUCUGAGACCCAGCACAACAAAAACAACAACAACAGCAACAGUUACCGCAACUACAACAAAUAUAAUUUAAUAUAAUUAAGCAACAAUUAGCGAAUAUUUAACAAACUUCAUUUCGCAUGGCUGCCGUUUACAACAACAACAACAACAACAAUAUCUUUCAACACGACAAAUUAAAGUACAAAUCAAAUAAAAUUUUGAAUUUUUCAACUUACAAAUUUUGGAAUAACAAGUAAAUAGUAGUAGCACGUAUACAACAAAUAAAUUAUGAAUACAACAAACAAAUAAUUAUAUUUAUAUAUCAACUGUAAGAAUAAUAUUCAAAUACAAAUUUUACAAACAAAACAAAAUAUAAUGAAAUAUGCACAAAGCACGCGAGCUACGCGAGUUCAAAGUUCAAAGUAUAAAUUUAUGAAAAACCCAGAAAAUUAAAUCAACUUUUAAGCAACCAACAAAUCGAACGAAAAACUACCUCAAGAGCAGUGAGCGUGUACAAAACGUAAAGAUUUCAAUACGAAUUACGAAUUAUCUAACUCUGCCAACCAGUGUGUACAAACUAUAUAAAUAUACAUAUACUAAUUAAUAUAUAUGCACGUAGAUAUAUACUUCUACAUUUGACAUCUGAGCCCGUUCCCCUCCCCCGCGCAGUUCGAUCGGGACUGCGCAGCCAUGCGAUUGUGCGGACUUAAAUGGCGUCCACAAUAAUCGCACAGAGCAGCACAGGCGGCCCCGUCGAUCCGUCAACUGCAGCGAACAGCAGCAGCACCGGCAGCAACGCCAGCAGCAACACCCUGCCGCCAAUAUCAGCAACUGUUGCUUCGGCAGCUGCCGACCUGCACAACACGCAUCUCAAUCAGCUGAACAGCCUCAGCCAACACUAUACGACGCCGUAUCAUCAUCACUACCAGCAGCAGCACUUGCAGCACCAACAGCACCAACAGCAACAUCAGCAACACCAGCAGCAGCAGCAGCAGCAGCAACAGCAGCAACAGCAGCAGCAGCAACAGCAGCAGCAGCAACAACUACAGCAGCAACAUUACCAGCAGCAGCAAUCGCUAGCGGAGCAACAGUCUCAGCACUGGGACUAUUAUGCACGGCAGCAGCCAACGGCGCCUGCCAACAAUUCCAGCAACACCAACAACAACAACAGCAGCAACAGCAACAGCGAGAACAACAACAGCAGCAACACCAAUGUUGCAACACCCCUGGGCAGCAGCAGCAGCAAUGCGAAUGGCACUGCUGCCAGUGUUAACAAUGGCCACAGCCACAGCCACAGCCACGGCCACGCCCAUGGCCAGCGCAUACAUGGCACACACAACAGUGAUACCGUUGCUGCUGCCUCCGCCGCCGCCGCCGCUGCCGCAGCAGCAGCAGUAGGCCCCAACGGCAACGGCAACGGCACCAACGCAAACGCCAACGCCAACGCCAACUCCAACUCGAACUCCAACUCUAACGGCAGCUACACACGUCCCUGGGAAAUGGAGUCCAAGGACAAUCAGCCGCCCCAGAGCCAGACACACCCACAGUUUCAGUCGCAGCCGCAGUCGCAGGCGCAGUCGCAGUCGCAGCCAAAGAGCGGCUUUGAGCCCUUCUCAAAGCUGCCCUCAUUCCAGAGUCAAUUCCAUGGCUACAAUGAUCAGCUCAUGCCCGACGGCACGCCCAUGCCGCUGCCGAUUGGAGCCGCUGCAGCAGCAGCAGCGGCCGCCGCAGGAGCUGGGCCCGGCGCUACUGCAGCAGGACUCGGCUCGCUGCAAACGGUGGCCAUGUCGCCGGCGAGCAUCUCGGUCAGCUCGCCGGGCAUGAUGAGCGUCGGGUCGCCGCUGACGCAGCUGCCGGGCAUGCAGACGAGCAUCACGCCGCCGUCGGGCAGCUUCACGCCGCUGGGCGCUCCGCCGCCGCCGCCGAAUGCAUUUCAUCACAUGCACUCGCACCAUCGGGCGACCGGAGCGGGCGCCUAUCCGCUGAUGCCGGCAGCCACCGCUGCAUUCGGCGACUUGCAGCUGUACCAGCCCCUGACGCCGGGCCUGCCGCCGCUGAUCAAGAAGGAGUCGAUGGCUCCGUCGGCUGGCGCGGACUAUGACAUGCUAACGGGCAGCAUGCUGCUCAAGAAGGAGGACUUUGAUCUCAACAGCAACAGUGGCGCACACCAGCUGCAUGGCCAUCCUGGCCUGGGUGUGGGCGUGGCUGUGGGCAUGCACACGCCCACGUCGUACGACGGGAACAACAGCAACAGCUUCCCGCACGCGGCCAGCAGCAGCGGCAGCCACACGCCGCACACCACGCAGCCGCUAACGCCGACGCCGACGACGACGACGGCGCCCAUCAAGGUGGAGAAGCUGCUGCAGUCGCCGAUAGCUCGGCUGGACGCGCGAAAGAAGGAGCGGCGGAAACAGCGGCCCAACUCGCUCGAGUCCAGCGCCGAGAGCGAGGCCAGCGGCAUGGACGUGGACCCCAGCGGCGGCAAUCCCGGACAGGUGGACGCCGUCAGCAGCACGGCCAACUUCAAGAGUCCGCUGAGCGCCCUGGGCAUGGGCGACAGCAACGACGCGAACGCCAGUGGAUGCGACAAGCAGUCGAAGAAGAAGCGCAAGCGCUGCGGCGAGUGCGUCGGCUGCCAGCGCAAGGAUAACUGCGGCGAGUGCGCCCCCUGCCGCAACGACAAGAGCCACCAGAUCUGCAAGCAGCGCCGCUGCGAGAAGCUCACCGAGAAGAAGGAACCCAAAGCAAAGCCCAUCGUUUACGGUGCCGACGGCCAACCCGUUCGUGCCGAUGCGAAGCGCGGACGCGGCAAGGGCAAGGCGACUGGCGCCAAUGCCGUCGUCGUCAAUGCCACCGCAGUAGCCGCUGGCAAUGGAACACCAACAACUGGGUCACGCGCCCGCAAAACCUCCACCAAAGCAAAUAAACUGAAUGCAUCCGCCGUUGGCAUUGCAGCCGCAUCAGCAACAUCGCCGCGUCUAAGUCCAGCGCCAGCAACAGCAACAUUGUUGCCGCAGCAAUCGCCAAAUACCACAACAGCAACAGUUGCAGCCGCCGGCAGCUUGCAGCAGCAGCAACAAUAUCAACAGCAGCAACUGCAGCAGCAAUUGUUGUCGCACCAGCAACAGCCGCAGCCGCAGCAGCAGCUUCAACAACAACAUCAACAGCAGUCGCAGCACUAUCAGCAGCAGCCGGAGCCGCAACAGCAUUUCCAUCAGCAGCAACAUUUGCAGCAGCAGCAGCAUCAAUCGCAGCAUCACCAGCAGCAGCACGCACAGCAGCAACAGCAGCAACAUUUGCACCAGCAGCAACAUCAAAUAACCGCACAAAUACAAACCAUGAAGGAUCAACCGCAGCAACCCAUGGCACCCAUGGCCUUCUAUCCCACAUGGCAGGCGGAUCCGUCACAGGGGUGGCAGAACCAGUUCAUACAGCAAAUACCACAGAAUACUCCAGCCAUCACAUCACUCAACUCCUUGGAUUUCCAGACACAGUCCUACGCCUAUCCAUCAAAUGGCUACGUGCAGACGGGUCUCGGCUUCGAUCCCAACUACGGCCGCUCCCCGUACGGUGCGCCCGUGCAGCGCUACGAUUUCCAAAGCCAGCAGCUCUCGAGUGCGCCCAUCAACCAGGUGGGUCUGCAGAGCGUCGCGGCGGGCUUUCCGCCGGGCGGCGUUAGCUAUGCCGGGCAGGUGUCUACGGCGCCGGCGCCACCAGCAGUUGGCCUGCAGCAGCAACAGCAGCAGCAGCAACAGCAUCUGGGCGGCGAUCUGAGCAAGAGCAUGUCGGGAAACGACACGCCUGGAUAUCCGCGGGUGAGCAGCGUGCCGCCGCGCUCACUCAACUGUAACGGGUAUCCAGGCGAUUUCAGCGGUUCUCAGCAACAACAACAGCCACAACAACAACAACAACAGACGACAACAGCAACGCCCAGCGGUGCAGCCACGCCCACAGCCACUGGGCCUGGUAAUGCGGUGGUUUCCCAGCCAGCCAGCUCUCCCAUGCAGCAGCAGCCCCAAACGGUGCCGCCAUCCCCCACACGCAGCCUCAUACAGCAGCAGCAACAGCAACAGCAGCAGCAACAGCAGCAACAACAGCAGCAGCAGCCACGCCUUGUCUCCCAGUCGCCCAGUCAAGUGCCGCAAUCACCGAACGGCAACGGCCUUCAGCCGUACGGCAGCAGCGUGCAGCCCCAGCAGCAGCAGCAGACACAUCCACAUCUUGCCUCGCCGCCCAUGCAGGACUGGAACUGGAGCAAUCAGCAGCAGCAGCAGCAGCAGCAGCAACAGCAACAGCCGCCCUCUGCACAGCAGCAGCAGCUGACGAACGACGGCUACCCGGCGCAGGGUCAGGGCGAACGCUUGCAUCUGAAUACGCGCAUCAAGUCGAUGAUCAUGCGCAAGAGCGAUUCCAAGGAUGCCCCGCCCGACAUUCAGCUGCAAGGCCAGACAGCUGGCGCAACUGCCGCGCAGCAGCAGCAGCAGCAGCAGCAACAGCAAACCGGUCAUUUUUUAUCGUAUAGCCACCAUCUCCGGCCCGACACGGCGCUGAGCGCCAACGGCUCGAGCAGCAUCGCACCCCCGCUGGGCGCUGCCGAGCCCAUCGGAGGUGGUGGCGAUCAGAUCUGGAAGCCGCACCACGCCAACUCGUUUAAGAAGCCCAGCGUGGGCAGCGGCUACGCCGGCACAGACCAUCAGUUGCAGCUGCAGCUGCAGCAACAUCAGCCAGGACAGCACAUGACCAUCAGCCAUGCGGAGCAGCCGCCCCAGCCACCAUCCAUGCCCAUACAGCCGCCGGUGCAGCCUCAGCCCAAGAAGUCGCGGAAUCGCAGCAAGGCGAGCCGCGCCGCUGCCGCUGCCGCAGAAGCAGCGGCUGCUGAGAUUGAAAGGGAUCGCAAUGCGAACGAUCCGGGUGGCGGAGGCCUCAAGGCCCUGGGCGCACACUAUCCGCCUCCGCCGGGCAGCGGGCAGGAGUACCACGGCCAAUAUAUCAAAACGGAGCCGGGCCUGUUGCCCCCUCCGCCGCCAGGCGGGCAGCCCAACAAGAUGGAGGGCUACGAGCGUAACUACCAGAACUUCAUUCAGUAUGCCGACUUCUGCCAGAACGACGGACAGGGGCAGCCGGUGCAGCAGCACCAGCAGGAGUAUGCCGGCUACCACCACAACUCGCCGUACUACGGCGCAGGAGCCGGCAGCUUCCAGCAGAACUUUCAGCAGAGCUUUGUGCCCGGCUAUCAGGCAGCAGCGGCGUACGGGAGCCGUGGUAAGCUGCCAUCGAACUCUGUGCACCACGCGCCCCACGGCCACGGGCACGGGCACGGCAACAGCAUGCUGGAGCUGGACCGGAAGCCGGACACGAACAGCAUCAUACCACUGCCCACCAACUACGAGCAGGACAUACCAGCGCACGCGUACCCCAUUCCGGCUCAUCGCUAUGCGCUGGGCCAUGGAGCACCACCGCCUCCGCCCCACCUCAGCCACCACGGCAUGCUGGAGUCCAAGCUGGACGACAUGGGCAUGCUGGGCCAUGGUCACGGCCACGGCCAUGGCUAUCCAUAUCUCGGUGAGGGUAAGCCGCUGAACAAUGGCUUCUCCUGCUGUCGUCAAGGCGGCACCCGGCCACCCACAGAGGAGCACCUCAAGGGCGGCACGUGCCUGGGCCUGAGCAUUCAGCCCAAGGAGGAGCUCCUGGACGAGGAUGAGUUGGCCGAGGCGCACAAUGGCGUCAAGGCCAAGACGAAGAAGCAAAAGCAGGAGGAGAUACCUGAGAUAAUUGUGAAGCACGAGAAGAUCAAUCCCAUGUUCGAUACGACGGAUCGCCUCGAGAAGGGCAACAAAACCGAGAUACCCGAAUGCGAAUGCUUCCAGUCCGACAAGAAUCCACCCGAGCCGGGCACUUACUAUACGCAUUUGGGCACCGCAUCUACGCUGAUGGAGCUGCGACGGGAGUUCGAGGAACGGUGCCAUCUGACGGGUCGUCAGCUGCGCAUCGAGAAGAUCGUCUACACGGGCAAGGAGGGCAAGACCAGUCAGGGCUGCCCGGUGGCCAAGUGGGUGAUCAGGCGCGCCGAUCCCGAGGAGAAGAUACUUGUGGUUGUCAAGAAGCGUCCCGGUCACAGGUGCAUUGCCGCCUAUAUUGUCGUAUGCAUGGUGGCCUGGGAUGGGAUGCCGCGCAAGGAGGCGGACGAUGCCUAUGUGAACCUCAUACCCAAGCUCAACAAGUUCGGGCUACCCACGACGCGCCGUUGCGCGACUAAUGAGAAUCGCACCUGUGCCUGCCAAGGGCUGGAUCCGGAGUCAUCAGGCGCCUCUUACAGCUUUGGCUGCAGCUGGUCCAUGUACUACAAUGGCUGCAAGUACGCCCGCUCGAAGACCGUGCGCAAGUUCCGGCUGUCGGUGAAGAGCGAGGAGGCGGCCAUCGAGGACCACAUGAAUCUGAUUGCCACGCUGCUGGCGCCAGUGUUCAAACAGGUGUGUCCGCGCUCCUACGACAAUCAGACCAAGUACGAGCAUGAGGCAUCCGACUGCCGGCUCGGCCUCGAGCCGGGCAAGCCCUUCUCGGGGGUAACCGCCUGCCUGGACUUCUGCGCCCACUCGCACCGCGACCUGCACAACAUGCAGGACGGCUGCACCGUUCACGUGGCCCUGCUCAAGCCCAGCAACCGCGAUACCCACCUGCCCGACGACGAGCAGUUCCACGUCCUGCCGCUCUACACGAUGGACGGCACCGACGAGUUCGAGAGCGUCGAGGGGCAGCGUGAUAAGCAUCGCACCGGAGCUGUGCAAAUGCUGGACAAAUUUCCCUGCGAAGUACGCGUGCGCUCCACGCCGCUGAUACCUUGUCGCCGGCACGGCAAGAAGCGCAAGGAGGACGAAGCCGCGACGCCGGAUGGCGACCAUGACGCAGCCGCUGACGGCAGCAGUCAGAGCUCCAGCAACGGCGCCCAAUCGCAGGCCCAGCAAGCGUCGUCCCAGCAGAGCAGUCCGCCCGGCCUGGCCUCUGCUCACAUCAAGAAGGAGAACGGCGCCAGCAAUGGCAGCAGCGCCGGCAACAAUGCCAGCAACAGCAACAACAAUAACAAAUCAAAGUCCAAGGCCAAGUCGAGCUCCAGUGCAUCCACGCCGGGCUCGGCGCCGCCAACGACGCCCUCGCCACGCUGCCAGACGCCCGUCACAAACAACCCCAGUCCGGCGGGCAGCGCAUUCAGCACGCCGCCCGUCAAUCAGCACGCCGGCAAUCCGAACGCCAGCAACAACAGCUCGGCAGCAGGAGUUGGAGCAGGUCCGCCGGGCGGGCAGCCCAACCAGCUGAUGAGCUCGAACUCGAGCCUCAUGAACAUGGCCACGAUGAUAGACACGUUCACGGACGCCCAGCUACAGUCCAACCAGAUCUCGAGCACCGUGCUAGACUCGCCCUACUCCUACGACUACCAGACGGGCUCCUACAUCGACUCGCGCAACUACUACGGCAACUGGCCGGCCCACGCCAUGGGCAUGGCCGCUGGCAGUGCGGCCCUCACGCCGACCACGCCCACGGCGCCGAUGGCGCAGCACGCGCACACUGUGACGCCACCGACAGCAGCAGCAGGAGCUUCUGCAACUGCAGCGACAGCGGCCUCGGCAACAACCGUUUCUCCAGCCGCAACAGGCACAGCUAUGCCGCCCGUCACGCCCGCCACGGUGACCCCCACGCCCACUCAGCACGACGCUAGCAAUGGCUACACGUCCAGCUACAACAACCUGGCAACGCCAGCACUGGGCACACAGCAACACCAGCAGCAGCAGCAGCAGUUGCAACAGCAGCAACAUCAGCAGCACGGUGUCGAUGUGGCCGGCGCUGUUGCUGGUGGUGAGCUUAAGGGCCGCGUCAGCGAGGAGAACCCCGACUCGACGACGCUGGUCAAUCACUCACUGGUCGAGAGUAAGUUAACCGCUUUGACAGCCAUGCAACCCAUGACUAAUCUAGCACCACUCCACCACCACCACCACCACCAUCCGCACACGCCAGAGGGCUUCGUCAAGCCAAAGCCGCCGCCCAGCGACUACCAGUACUCGCAGUACCCGAACAACUAUCAGAUGUACCCGCCUCCGCCGCCGCCGCCGCACUCCGCCUACUCCGCGUACGACGCCUACCAGAACAUGAACUACAACUACGGCUACCACCACCAGGCGUACUCGCCGUACGGCAUGUAUCCGCAGCAGACGCCGCCGCCCACGCCGCCACCGCCCUCGCCCAACUGGAAUGUCUACGGCCAUCACCAGGGCUCUGGGGGCUACGGCCCGGGGGCUGGAGGGGCUGGUGGGACACUGCUGGCCACGCACGGCCCGGUGCCAUCCGGAGCCACGCUGGUCAAGCCAACGGUGCCAACCGCUGUGCCGCAGCAGCAACAGCAGCAGCAACAACAACAGCAACAGCAGCUGCAGCAGCCGCAGCAACAGCAGCUGCAACAGCAACAGCAACAGCAGCAGCAACAGUUGCCAGCAACACCGCCUCAAACUAUUUUGCCCGACUUGAGCAAUGGCCAGCUGCCCGUGGAGCCCACUGCAGCAAGUGCUGUUGAGGUGCCGCCGCUUGGCAACAACAGCAACAAUAGCAACAGCAGCAACAGCAACAGCAACGAUGCCAACGGCAACGCGGCUGGCGCUGGCGGCAACACGACGGCAACAACUGUGGCGCCAGCCAGCACCAACUCGACCAAGAUCGAGCCAAUUGGCGAGGUGGCCGAGAUCAAUGAGAACAUUGAGGCGUUCCAGGAUCCGCAGAUGGGCGGCGUGGCCAUUGCGCUGAAUCACGGCAGCGUGCUGAUCGAGUGCGCCAAGCACGAGAUGCAUGCGACGACAGCCGUGCGGCGACCGGAUCGCCACCACCCGACGCGCAUGACCCUGAUCUUCUACCAGCACCGCAACUUGAAUCGUGCCAGGCACGGCAUCGACGAGUGGGAGGAGAAGAUGCGCGUGAAGAAGAUCAACACGGACCUCGACAACAAAGCCAAAGAGGAGCGCGAGCGUCUGCUGAAGAAGGCAGCCGGCGAGGACGACGAGGACGAGGAUAUGCCUGACGAGCAGCUGGCGGCGACUGCAACCCCGACCCUGCCCACCAUCAAGAAGGAGAACAGUGGGAGUGGUGGCGCCAUUAAGAAUGGGGCCAGUGGCAGCAAGAAGAAGAAGAGCGAGGCCAGCAAGAAGACACAGUCGAACAACAACAACAGCACCAACAACAACAACAACAAUAGCGAGCAGCCAAAAAACGAGAAAGUUGCCCUCCACGCACCAACACUAACAACAACGUCGUGGACGACCCUGUUCCCUAUGCACCCAUGCGUAGUUACGGGGCCCUACCAGGAGGGCAAUAGCAGUCCAACAUCGUCCACGAAUGGCAGCGCCACCAAUGGCACCAGCAACAGCAACAGCAAUGCCAAUGGCCCCACAGCGCAGCAGGCAACGACUCCAGGAGCCGUGCCGCCUCCUCCGGCGCCGCAGCCGUUGCAGCAAGCCUGAGCGCCUACCACCGCCAGAUGGGGAUAGGCGCCUACUACUACUGGUAGUUGUUUGACAAACGACUGAAAGAUAUUCUCAUAAUAACUAUUUUUGUAAACGCGUCCUGAUACCGUGUGCCAUACGAGGGGGUUGGGGUUGGGGCUGUGGGAUUGAGAUUAGGAUUGGGGAGCAGGCAACGCAGUUGCAAUUGGAUAUACCCGGUCAGCAUGCAGUAAUACACUACCAAAGCUCCACUACAUUCACAGCAACAAUAACAACAACAACAGCAACAGCAACACACUCACAUAUGCAUACAUACACUCUCACACAAGCCUAGUUCACGAACUGGAUGAGAAUGCAGUUAGAUUCAUAUUCAUAUACAUAUACAUACAUACAUAUAGGAAACGAAGAAGAAGAAGAAGAAGAAUGAAGAAAAUCUAUGUUUUUUAGCGCAGCUAUAUUGUUGGCAAUUUCUGUUAAAUGAUUUAUUUUUUACAUUUUGUUCUCUCCUUCUGUUAAGAAUCAAACAAAGCAAACUACAGAACAAACACUAGAAAACGGAAACUGAUGAACUAAAAGAAACAACAACAAAAACCUAAUAAACUAAAUUGCUAAAGUAAUGUUUGCUUGAGCUUCUAUUAUGAGCAAAUCAAUGACGAAAUACAAAUACAAAUCAAGAAAAACAAAAACAAAAGAAUAAAUAAAUAAAAAAACACUCAUUAGUGGAGGGAUACUCGUAAAAGAUCAUUGCCAAAAGUACAAAUAAACCAAUUUUUAAAGCAAACUAGAAACAACGUAAACAAUUUCGCAAACAACUAAACAAAAUACAAAACAAAAACACUUAUAAAUAGUUGCUAACAAUUUUUACUACACCGAAAUAAAAUAUAUUUUCCAUUUAGCUUUUAGCAUUCGUCCAAUUUGACUCUCUUUUGGCGCUGUUGCAUACUUUGCAGCGCCAAGCGAAUUCAAAUUGGCAGCCAGCAAAUGCAGCUCUCUUGGUGCGCGACUCUCUUUCGAUCGUCCGCACUCUCUGCGCUCUGCACGCAAGAGAGCUGCAUUUGCGACAUUUAAUUUACCGUUAACUGCAAGCACUACAUUCACAAGCAAACACCAACACACACACACGCGCAGACACACAGAACGAGCGUUACAAAGGCGAACUACAAAGCAAAAGAGAAAGGAAGCAAGAG